CAGGUUCUCCGGGUAGAUGGCUAAAUACAAGGUUUGCUGCGUGAGUGUUCUUAAUGCGUUGGUUCUCAUCAGUACUCUCCAAACACAAAUGGCCACCGGAUACAAUAUGGCGGGGAUGAUACCCAUCGAACUGAUGAAAUUAAAUGUAUCUCCUGGGCCAGAUAAAUCUUUUCUCUUCCAGCAGUUCAUCACGGAAAUACUCUCCAAGGGUUCGUAUCCUACUCCUCCAGGACUGUUAGCGCUGAAACGGGUUCUCCGGCAGCUGUUCAGGAGUCAACCUGACCUAGAGAACAUCAGAAUACAGGAUAUAGAAUCUAAAGUCGGGAAAAGAACCGUGGCGUUGAAAGCACCACCGGGAGCUGGGAGGAUCGCUAAAGAUUUCAAGAGGAAGAGACAUCUGCUACCUUUGGAAAUUGAACUGGAGAAGUAUCUGUUUCUGGAGGAGCUUGAGGCUCUGCAGAACCUGGAGCUGGAUAUUCCUGCAGACCAGACUCCGGUCAACACUGGAGAAGUGUUUGAAGAGAUCAAGGAUAUCAUUGCUGGGCUCCAGCAGCUUGGGCUUCCUUCUGUCAGGCUCCUAAAGGCUGCGGAAAGAAAGAUAAAAACAAAACCUACAAAACUUACAAUGCUUAGCUUUGCUCAGAGUUUGAAGACGGGUUUGAUUGAUGAGUUGAUGAACUAUCUAAACUCUGAUGUUCACUCCAGAAUUCUCUAUACAUAACUGGAAAAAUAUGUGGUUUUGUAAAAAAAAAAAUAAAAAAUAUCUAACAGAUUUUUUAAUAAUUGUCCUUUUUUUAAAGCUUAGUUAGUCUUAUCAAAUCUCAAAAAAAAUUAUAUGGGGCUAUGAAUUUGCAACAUAUUUGGACUACUGUUAUGAAUAAACCACUUUAUAUCAUUCAAAUUCCAGAAAUAAAUCCUAGGGAUAUCAAGGUAAAACAUUUGCCCCCUCCUCUAUUAAGGGUCUAAUGCAAAGUCUUCACUUUCGAUCCCAAUACCAGUUUCA